UCGUGCAACGAGCCAUUCCGAAGCAGCGCCACACGGUGCGUCUCAAGGGCAAAAAACACAUUACUGACAGAUAUCCGCUCCGCUGCUAAACUACGGACAAGUAGAGGAUUUGGAAUUAAUUCACUGGAUUUUUAAAUGCUCUCUGAAAAAAGACGCAACCUGGAGUUUCUGGAGCAUCAAAACAAAAACGCUCCAAACUGAGAAUUUAAAUUCUCUGUAAAAGAAAGGGAUUGGUUACAGAAACCCUUCACCGGGUUCAGUCACCUCCUUGGAGACUGAGAGAAACCUGCUGAGCAGCUAACGUGCAAACGCUGAAAUAGCGUGAAAAAACAGUGGCGAGUGCAAUUUUCGGACAUCAAGGAGUGAAGUACAGGGAAUGGUGGAUCAUUCUCUUCUAAGCGAGGAGAACUUCUUGUCCUACAGUGGCGUCGAGCCCACCUCACCUGAAGGCUAUCAUCUAUCAGAGAUGGUAACGGACUCAGGGACAUAUCAGGUGAUGCCCUCACCUUUCUCAGAGGAUGACCUCAGCGAUGCGUCCAGCCUGCGUUCGUGCUCGUCACCGGAUUCCCAGGUUCUCAGUUCCAGCUAUGGUAGUUCAUCGAGCGCAGAGAGCCAAGACAGCAUCCUCGAUUUUCUAUUGUCCCAGACUUCUCUCGGUGGACCCAGUGGUUCAGCGGCCAAUACUGGGGCAAAUGCGGUGACCCCAGUGCCUUUGGCCAGCAUCCUCUGGGACUCCCGGAGAGAUCCCGUGAAAGAGGAGAGUUUUGACUUCCCCGUCUGGUCCUCCUCAGACAUGGAGGAAGCAACAGUAGGGCCCUUCCAGCCAACCUUGGAGGAAAUAGAGGAAUUCCUGGAGGAGAACAUGGAAGGAAUGGUGUCCAUGAAGUCUGAGCUGAAGGAUGACAGCUCAGCCAUGGGUCUGGACCUAGAGCCAGACCUGGGGCUGGGAAUGGGGGUGGAGGUUGGAGAGGAGGCCUUGCCCGGAGUGCAGGAGACCAGCAUGUCCACAUCUCAGCAGCAUUCAGACCAAACAGUUCCGGUUGCUACGGUUACUGCCAACGCUGCCAGUGGAACCGGGACCAAAAGCACACAGAAUCGGCCGGAUGCAAGCGUACGCUCAACGGAGGCCCAGGUAAAGCCUGUAGUGGGAGACAGCGGCAGCAAUGGUGAUGCUAGUGGUGCUAACGGCGGCAACGCAGGGAUGCCAGUUAUACUCCAGAUCCAGCCAAUCCAGAUCAAACAGGAAAAUCAGGGACCCAGUGCGGCCUCCUCCACCACGCAGCCUUCCGUCUCAGCCACAGACAUCAAAAUAGCCCAGCUGCUGGUCAACAUCCAGGGACAAACCUUCGCCCUUGUGCCCCAGCUCCUCCCCUCACCCCCCACCCCAUCAUCAACACCAACCAGUAUUAACGUCUCAUCCAAAUUUGUGAGAAUCGCGCCUGUACCCAUCGCUGCAAAGCCAGUAGGACUUGGAGGGGAAAAUGGGGGACUUGGUGGCAUGCAAGGUGGGCUACUGGUAGGAGGAGCCCAGAAGUUCCAGAAGAAUCCAGUGGCAGAUCUUAUCAAAAUGCACAAGUGCACUUUCCCAGGGUGUGCCAAGAUGUACACAAAGAGUAGUCAUUUAAAAGCCCACCUGAGGAGACACACAGGGGAGAAACCCUUUGCCUGCACCUGGCCUGGCUGUGGAUGGAGGUUUUCCCGGUCAGAUGAGCUAUCCCGUCAUCGGCGUUCUCACUCUGGAGUGAAGCCAUACCAGUGUCCUGUUUGUGAAAAGAAGUUCGCCCGAAGUGACCACCUGUCAAAACACAUCAAGGUUCACCGCUUUCCACGAAGUAGCCGGACAAUGCGCACCACUGCCUGAUAAUCUGACCCCUCAAAAACUCACCUAUGGACAGAGACCAGGGCCGCAGAGAGAGAGAGAGAGAGAGAGAGAGAGAGAGAGAGAGAGAGAGAAAAGGAAAGAGAGAGAGAGUGUUCAGUAUGUGUGUGUUUGUGGACAUGAAAGCACAAAACUGUGUGUGUGUGUGUGUGUAUGUGUCCUGUGGUAACUUAUUAUACCAAUCUAAAGCAGAGAGAGAAGCAGUCAGUGUCCUCUCUGAAGCUCAUGCCCUGUGUUUCAUGGUUGUGUGUUUUGUAGCUUCGUUUUUAUUUUAUGACGUAAUUUCUUGUUUUUUGAUUGAAAAUAUGAUCGGCUUUUAUUAUUUAAAAGCUAAACUAUACAAUCAGUGGAGGAAUAGUCAAAGCUUUGAUUUUUAAUGAGGUGGUGAACUGCCUUUCAUUCAACACAUUUGGGUUGAAACGUAUUAUCCUUUGCCUUUUAAAGAGGUUCAACUUUAACUGGAACUUGUUUUUGUAAUUUUUCCAUGCUGGACCAUGACACGUUGCCAUGGUGACCAGGUAACUACAUCACUCAUUAAACAUACUGAUGUCAUCAGUUUGGGGGAAUGAGGACAAUUGCAAUCAGUACAUAAACUACUGACAGUAUAUAAGCUUGAUACGGUAAGCUUCAGACACAGGUUCUGAAAAACAGCUCUUGGCUAAUUGACCUAUAUAAUAACGCAAGUAAUAGAGCUAUACAAAUGCAAAUAAAACGAAAAAAAAAAAAUUGAAACGCAACACAAUGAGAGCGCACAGUUUUGAUUAUCCUUGUCUAUAUGUAUAAAAUGGCCUUUAAUCAGUGUUGGGUUUUUAAAAUCUAUUUUGUAUUGUUUUUAAAGCUUUCUGCUUUUUUUAAAAAAACAAAACAAAAAAAAACACACAAACUUUUUUUUUAAUUAUUGACUCCUUAUAGCCAUACUGUGUUUUUGUUGUCUUCUCUCUGGCCUUCUCUCAGCUGUGUUGUAUGUAAGCUAUUAAAGGGUCUUGGGUUUGGUGCUAAUUAGCCUGUGCACACUGCAGGUUCAUUUUCUAUCUGACACUAUGCUGCUUGAUAGAGCUGAUUCCAGCCCGAGCCGGUGAAACCCUUGUGUGUUAAGUCUAGGGUUUGUGAUCAGUUCGGAAAAACCCUGUAUUCAUUGAUUGAUGGAUCUGAAAAGGAAAAUUUGGAGAAAGAGGAAAGAAUUCAUUUCUGUAACUUGGCUAAGCAUGUCUGGUCAUCGAACCAAAUAUUUCUUCUUUUUUUUUCUUUGCUUUGAUUGCUUGUUUUGUCUCGCUUUUUCCUCUUCUGACACAAGUCUGCCUCAAAGAGUAAUCCAACUUGUUACUGGAAUAACCACCAAUGUGCAAACGUCCGUAGGUGAAUUGAGGUGCUUCUCUCCCUCUUGAAGUCAUAGGCAAUUGAGUUGAGGCCAUAGUUGAUUUGUGUAACGUUUUGGCUGUCCUGCUUUGAAACGUUGUUAAGUUUUGUGUUGUAAACGGAGUAUGGGUGAAAAUUGGCAUCCAUACGUGUUUAUUAUGUUAUCAAAAAAAAGGGGGUACACAGAUAUGUACAUCACAGCAUUCCUUCCAUUCUAAAUGUUGAGUUGUAAUGAAAUGCUUGUUUAUAUACAGGUGUUUUGAAACCACAUCCUAUGAAUGUAUGUAAAUAAAGGGAAUUGUACAUAGAUGCAUCAGAAGAAGACCAGAAAGAUUCUUGAAAAAAAGAAAAAGAAAUACUGUGGUUGUGAAAAGUUCUAGUGUAACCCUAAACAUGUACUUAACAUAACAUUUCAGCACAUAUGAAAAUAUUAUAUAUUUUUUUCCUUUGUUGUACACAACAUGCAUUUACUAAUAAAAUGUGAAAAAAA